CGAUGGUUCAUGCCCUUCAGCAUCCAAUCAGCCACAGCGAGAGCACCAACACCAAUGUACUGUGUAGAAUGACUCUCAGGGAUGGAACAGCCUCAUUGGCGCAACGGAUAUGCUGACGCAAAUCCCUCCCUCUCUUAACUGCCACCUUAAAACCUCAGGCCGUGCGUAUGAUGCCGUGACGAAGUAUAAUCAGCUGACCUGACCUUAUCCACAAACCAUCCCGACAAGAUAGAUAUCCAUACCAGAUGACAGGAUGAAACCCAACAAUUAAACCAGGCAAGACAGAAAAAAACCAACCCAACGCUAGUAGUAGUAAAUAAGCCAAAAGGUCAUACUAUAACCUGAGUCAUGCAUUCAAGCAUAAAAGCAGAGAGAGAGAAAAAAGCAAAGAGAAACAAUACCACGCCGAAUCCAGGCUCGGAUUCACCCCGUCUUAUCAAGCAUUUGUGGAUUUUUCUCAUACAGGAGAGAGGUAUUGGUCUUGAGGCUUCGAUUAUAUUUAGCACAUUUUGUUAGUAGUUAUCUCGUUAGUUUGGUUACGACGGUAGCAUUGGGGAUUGGGGGAUUCAGCUAUCAUCAAUUAUGGGGAUGAUGCGGG